AUGAGCACACGACACCAACAGCACCUACGACGGGUCUUCACCCACAAUUUGUCCACCUUUCGACGACAGCCAUGGACCGAGAUAUCCGGCUCACUCGGCGACUUGGGCACGUUCCUGCCCAUUGUCAUCGAACUGACAGAAGGACGGCAAAUCUCUCUCACGACGACCCUGGUCCUGACCGGACUCUACAACAUCCUCACUGGAAUGGUCUUCGGGAUUCCAUUGCCAGUCCAGCCGAUGAAGGCCAUUGCCGCAGUUGCGAUUUUGAAGUCGCUCACAGCGGGACAGACAGCCGCAGCAGGCAUCUUCGUGGCCACCUGUAUUCUCGUUUUCAGCCUGACCGGGAUCUUGUCGUGGUUCACCAGGGUAAUCCCCAUCCCGGUUGUCAAGGGAAUUCAAGUCGGGGCAGGAUUGAGUCUGAUGAUUGCAGCGGGUUCGAAGGCCGUUUCGGCCCUGUCUUGGACCGCACCAUCUUGGGCGGAUAACUACAUCUGGCUUAUCGGCGCCUUUCUACUGUUGUUUAGCAUCAAUGCACGUCCUCGCGUCUUGCCUUACGCCCUCGUGCUAUUCCUCGUCGGCAUUACCUUUGCCUUCAUCCAACUUGCAGUACACGAACGCCAACAUCUCCCUGGAUUCCGACUGUGGCAUCCUCAUGGGGCUCGCAUCCCGUCUCUGCAAGACUGGAAGAUUGGCAUCCUUGAUGCGGGUAUUGGCCAGUUGCCUCUGACGACUCUCAAUUCCAUCAUUGCUGUGACGCAUUUGGCCGCCGACCUCCUCCCCGAGAUCGAAACUCCAUCUGUCACCGUCAUUGGAGUCAGUGUCGCCGGCAUGAAUCUGAUCGGGUGCUGGUUUGGAGCAAUGCCCGUCUGCCACGGUUCUGGUGGUCUCGCAGCACAAUACCGUUUCGGAGCUCGGUCAGGAGCGAGCAUUGUCAUCUUAGGCAUGUUCAAACUGGUCCUGGGUCUCUUGUUUGGUGGGAGUUUGACUGCUCUACUGAAUAAAUUCCCGCUUGCAUUGCUGACCGUCAUGAUCAUCGCAGCUGGUCUGGAGCUUGCAAGUGUAGGUGAAUCACUCAACACGGAAAGGGCACGGGACCUGGGCAAGGAGAUCAGCGGUGACACCCAAAGUAGCUCACGCCAGCACAUCGAUCUGUCAGACGAGGAUAAGAAGCGAAGAUGGACAAUCAUGCUUGUGACGGCGGGUCUACUGGUCGCGUUCAAGAACGAUGCGAUCGGAUUUUUAGGGGGUAUGAUCUGCCAUUGGAGUUAUUCUAUACCUCGGUACGAGCGGACGCACCUGUCUCGCAAUAUCUCGAACGUCGACAGCGAUGAAGCAGAUGAACGCCGAUCUCUGCUACCGCAUUGA